AAUUCGGCGAACUUUCAUUUUCUGCUGACAUAAAAGAAACAGAAAGGCGGGCUUCAGUAACCGGCUGCCUGGCUGACUCAGAGCACCCAGACUCCUGCAGGAUCACCGCUAUGAUGGAGAGUCAGGGGGGACCCAGCCCGGGGCAGACCUGUGUGCUGAUCCUGAUCUUCACAGUGCUCCUGCAGUCCCUCUGUGUGGCCGUAACUUACCUGUACUUCACCAAUGAGCUGAAGCAAAUGCAGGACAAGUACUCCAAAAGCGGCAUUGCUUGUUUCUUAAAAGAAGAUGACAGUUCCUGGGACCCCAGUGACGAAGAGAGUAUGAACAGCCCCUGCUGGGAAGUCAAGUGGCAGCUCCGUCAGCUCGUUAGAAAGAUGAUUUUGAGAACCUCUGAAGAAACCAUUUCUACAGUUCAAGAAAAACAACGAGGUGUUUCUCCCGAAGUGAGAGAAAGAGGUCCUCAGAGAGUAGCAGCUCACAUAACUGGGACCAGAGGAAGUGGCAACACGUUGCCUAUUCCAAACUCCAAGAAUGAAAAGGCUCUGGGCCGCAAAAUAAACUCCUGGGAAUCAUCAAGGAGUGGACAUUCAUUCCUGAGCAACUUGCACUUGAGGAAUGGCGAGCUGGUCAUCCAUGAAAAAGGGUUGUAUUACAUCUAUUGCCAAGUCUACUUUCGAUUUCAGGAGGAAAUCAAAGAAAACAGAAAGAACGACAAACAAAUGGUCCAGUAUAUUUACAAAUACACAAGUUAUCCUGACCCCAUACUGCUGAUGAAAAGUGCUAGAAAUAAUUGUUGGUCUAAAGAUGCAGAAUAUGGACUGUAUUCCAUCUAUCAAGGGGGAAUAUUUGAGCUUAAGGAAAACGACAGAAUUUUUGUUUCUGUAACAAAUGGGCACUUGAUAGACAUGGACCAUGAAGCCAGUUUUUUUGGGGCCUUUUUAGUUGGCUAACUGACCUGGAAAGAAAAAGCAAUAAUCUCAAAGUGACUUUGAGUUUUCAGGACGAUAUACCAAGAAGCUAUUCCAAACAAACUAACAAAAAAACAACAAAAAG